UUGGCUGGGAAGAGUAUGACCUGGUGGCCGGUGGGGGCUUCUCUGUUCGCCAGCAAUAUCGGCAGUGGACAUUUCAUCGGACUGGCCGGCUCUGGAGCUGCAGCAGGAAUUGGGGCGAUCGCUUAUGAAUGGAACGGAAUGUUUAUGGUUUUGCUCCUGGGGUGGCUCUUCCUGCCCAUUUAUAUUUCCUCAGGGGUGACGACCAUGCCAGAGUAUCUGCAGAGGCGCUUUGGUGGAAGAAGAACUCAGUUAUUUUUAGCCGUGCUGUCCUUAUUUAUUUACAUCUUUACAAAAAUAUCGGUGGACAUGUAUGCAGGUGCAGUGUUCAUUCAGCUUGCAUUAAAAUGGAACAUCUACCUGGCUGUGGUGCUGCUGUUAUCAGUGACUGCUCUUUACACUGUAGCAGGUGGUCUGGCUGCAGUUAUCUACACCGACGCUGCUCAGACUGCCAUCAUGCUGGGAGGAGCACUCACCCUCAUGGGCUUCAGUUUUGCUGAGGUUGGAGGCUGGAACGCUUUGAUGCAGGGAUACGCCAACGCCAUCCCCACAAUCCGCAUGCCCAACUCCACCUGCGGCAUCCCUCGAGAUGACGCCUUCCACAUCUUUAGAGACCCGGUGACCUCUGACCUGCCUUGGCCUGGCGUCAUCAUUGGCAUGUCAGUCCCCUCCAUGUGGUACUGGUGCUCUGAUCAGGUGAUUGUUCAGCGCUCUCUGGCUGCCAAGACUCUGACUCAUGCGAAGGGCGGCUCCCUCCUGGCUGCCUACCUGAAGGUCCUGCCUUUUUUUGCCAUCAUGCUGCCCGGCAUGAUCAGCAGGAUCCUCUACACAGAUGAAGUGGCGUGUGCAGACCCGGAGCUAUGCAAACAGAUUUGUGGAAACUCCGUGGGCUGUUCAGAUAUCGCCUACGCCAAGCUGGUCAUGGAGCUUCUGCCUGCAGGACUGAGGGGGCUGAUGAUGGCUGUGAUGAUCGCUGCUCUCAUGUCAUCUCUGACCUCCAUCUUUAACAGUGCCAGCACCAUUUUUACCAUGGAUUUAUGGAAGGGUUUCAGAUCUCGUGCGUCCGAAUGGGAGCUCAUGAUUGUGGGCAGGGUGUUUGUGCUCGUGCUGGUGGUGGUCUCUGUGCUCUGGAUUCCUGUCGUCCAGGCCAGCCAGGGCGGUCAGCUCUUCAUCUACAUCCAGUCCAUCAGCACCUACCUGCAGCCACCCGUCAGCAUCAUCUUCCUCAUGGGCUGCUUCUGGAAGAGGACGAACGAGAAGGGGGCGUUCUGGGGCCUCGUCGUCGGCCUCACUGUGGGCUGCAUACGCAUGUUACUGGACUUCAUCUACCCUGCACCUCUGUGUUAUGAAGAGGACAGCAGGCCUGGCGUGCUGAAAUAUGUCCAUUAUCUGUACUUCUCCGUCCUACUGUCCUUCAUCACACUCGCCGUGGUGGUUGGAGUGAGCCUGGCUACAGAAGAGCCAACUCCAGAGCAGGUGAGUCGUCUGACGUGGUUCACAAGGUUUGACCCUGUGAAGCCUAAAGAGCAGGUGUCCUCGGUGGAGCAGAGCGUCAACGGACAAGCACGUCAUCACAGAACAGGUGGGUCAAAGUCUGCUUCUCUUCGAACCGUCAGUCCUGCUGAAUAUUUGUCGUAUGUGCUGACGACUUCCUUCUCCUUAAAUUCUGCAGACUCGUCCGUUUCCAGCAUUCGGACUCAGUCCAGGUUUAUGGCGGUCCUCUGCUGGCUGUGUGGGAUGGAGCAGAAGAAGGAGGACAAUCCUCCGCCGGCACCCGAGCCGACCGUGUGUAGUCUGGAAGAGAAGCCGCGUUUGCGACUCGUUGUGAACAUCAACCUCAUCGUCUGCCUCUCUGCGACGGCCUUCAUCAUCGGCUACUGGGCCUGAAAGGCAGCGCUGCACAUGUUCAUGUAGCUGUUUCAAAGGUU